AGCUCCGCUGGCUCUAUUGCCUUAUCGCCUGAAGAAGCCGCUCCUCAGCGCCCGUCGCCCAAACUCGCCGACGCCCGCCAUGCGCGCCUUCUUGUUUCGCACCGUGGACACCGAGAGCGGCUCUGAGCAUGAGGCCUCCGAGCGCGUGAACUUUCCGCGCUUCUCCAGUGGGAAGCGCGUCGUGGGCUUUGUGGCGGUGAUUCUGGGGGUUUUGGCCCUGGGCUCCAUGCGCUACUCCAAGCAGUGUGUCAACCUGAACGGCCUGCAGGGCAAGUCGGAGGUGCAGAUGGAUGCGGCCAUUCGCCAGACCGCUGAGAAGCUCAUGAAGGGGCCCGCCGCCAAGAACCGCACCUUGGCCGAAGACACGGUGCUCCGUGCCAUGAAGAAAGCGGGCCAUGCGGCGCAGAAGGAUUGGGAGGAGCAUCACAUCCGAAAGCUGGACACCUUGGCCACCUUGAAGGAUAUCCAGGCGGUGAAGGACUUCCGCCGGGGGCAGCACAACGAGGAGGCCGGGAAUGCAGAGUGCGCCUUCAACGUUCUCGAGGCCUUUGUCUCGGUCGUGGGCAUGGGCGACGACCUCAACGGCAUCGUCCGCACCUGCCCUCCACCCCGGGACGGUGAAUCCGAAUUGGCCUGCCAGGUCGAUGCGUCGAUCUUGGUGGCCUGGGUGGGCAACUUGGCGGCGAAGAUCUCCUUGGCGGCCUCCAACUGCGCCUUGACGCUCAACGUGGACUCCGUCUGCGCGGCAGGAGUCACUGGCGUGAUCGCCGGCUUCGGUGAGAUCUCCGCCGGCGCCUGCUUGGGUGCAGUGACUUGCUCGCCCACCCCACCCGCCUUGUCCACAACCAAGAUUAGCGUGUUGGGCGACCAAACGGUGCGGAGCCGACGACUGGACGGUGUCUCCGAGAAGAAGCCCGACGAUGCUGCGCCGGGGCGACGUCUGUUGAUCGGCGAGGGGACCAUCGGCAAUGGCGUGCAGUGUGGGGUCGACGUGGGCAUGGUGGCGGCCAACAUCGCGAACAUGGGGCUGGCCAUCAACAAGGCAGUGAACGUGAACCGCUGUGGGAAGUUUGCCACUGAGAAGCAGCCUUUGAACGUCCUCAAGGGCAUCCCCGACGCCCUGUGCACCGUGGACAUUGCGGGAGCUGUGGCUUACAUCAGCCAGGUGGUGACCUUCAUCAACCUCAUCGUGGUGCAUUGCCAGGACUUCUUGGACGUGAACGCCUUGUGCGCCGGCUCCAUCGCCGCCAUCACCACCGGCGCCUCGGCCAUCGCCGCCUACAGCGGCGCGCUGCACGCGGCCUGCCGCUACAACGGGCUCCUGAAGCAGCCGAAGGCUGUCGCGAAGAUCAACGAGCUUUGGACCUUGCCUGACCCCUUGCAUCGACGUCUUGAGACCGAGACCGAUGAAGAGCCCACUCCUGCCUUGGAGGAGAGCCUGAAGAUCAUCCGUGAGAGCCGAAAGAACUUGGACGAACACUUGGCCCAUUUGGGAAUGAACUUCUCCUCCUUCAACACCUAUAGCCAGGCGGACAAGGAGACCUUGCUGAACUUGAUGGAGGGCGGUUUGGAGGAGAAGCCCCGAGCGGCUGGGCCCUUCACGGAGUGCUGAGGAGGAGAGCCACGCCCCGGACGCCGCCCGGCUUCACGGUGGCCGAAGAAGUCACCGUGAGGGGCGAGAGGCGAGAGAGAAUGUCUCAUGUGUGCGUUCUUCGAGGUGACGAUAUUUGACGUCUUCAGUCUCCGGUCU